AUGUUUGGACUUGGUCAAUCAAAUAAGGAUCGACAACAACCACAACAGGGUCCAACUUUGAGUCAGUCCACGACAACAACAACAACAGCGCAUUCAUCUUCAAGAAAAUCACUUCCAGUUCCUCCACAGGCUCCAACAAGAUCUUUGACGGCAUGCGACUCCUUGGCAACAGGUGGCGGCGCAUCACCCACCCAGAGCACAAAGUCGCGUAUCCAAACAGCCAGCAGCUUCAACAGUUCAUAUGAUACAUUACAAUCUGCUGGUCAUCUUCAACAACAACAACAACAACAACAUCAACAACAACAACAACAACAACAACAACAACAUCCACCAUCACCAAACUCACUUUCAUCAGAUCGCCAACAACUUCAACGUGAGAGAGAGGCACAUAAUCAGACAAAGAAGAGAGUGGCACAACUUGAGGAGGAGAAUAAGAUUGUUAGGGAUAACUUGUCGGCACUGCGGACCAAGUAUGAGCGAUCAAUACAAAAGAUACUUCAAUUGACAAACAAUUACAAUGCAUUCCAAAAGGCAAUGGUCGAGACACUGCAAGAGGUGGACUUGUCGUCACCUGCCGCAGUGCCAGUGUCAACCUCCUCGUCGUCGUCAUCGUCGACCAACACCACGCCAUCCCUACAAGUUCCCAAUGCUGCCAGUAGUCCACUGCCAAUUACGCCGCGUACCAGUCCCAACAUGUCCAUCUCACCACCCAGCGCCUUGCCUGCAAUGACCCCUUCCGGCACCAUCUCCGGACGACCCAAAGCCCUGACGAUCAGUGAGGGAUCUGGACGCUACUCCAUAUCCAAGGGCAGGGGGUUCAAUGCUGGCAUGCUGUCCCCACCCAGUGUAUACCCUGGCACCAUUGGCGCGCUGGACAUGACGAUCAACUUUGAUCUGGAUGACCCGCUCCAGAUCAAUCCGAACGAGGAGGAGUACGCACGUAUGAUGGAGAACCGCAAGGCCAUCACCAAUCAGAUCCUCAAGACAGAGACUGAGUACGCAUCCCACCUGUCACUGAUUGUAGAGGAGUUCCUGAAUCCCAUGCGAGUGGAGAGCUAUCAAUCCAACAACCCAUUCGUCACUGCAGUACAUGUCAAGCAACUCUUUGGUGAUGUCGAGGUCAUCCUUGGCUCAAGUGGUCUACUGAUUGAGGACCUGGAGAAGGUGAUCAGUGAUCCAGCCAACCGUGGCCUAGGUGAUGUGUUCCUAAAGAUUUGUGACUACUUCAAGCUAUACUCGCCAUAUGUCAAGAACUAUUACACUUCCAUUACUGUGUUGAACAAGUUGAAGGAGGAGAGUCAUAAGUUCCAAGCAUUCAUUCAUGAGAAGGAGCAGAGAUUGGAACACACCAACUUCUCAGACCUUGGUAGUCUGUUAGUUCUUCCACUCUCACGUAUUAGCCAGUAUACUCCUAUGCUUAGCGACUUGUUUAGGAGCACACCAAAGAGGCAUCCAGAUUAUGAGCCUCUAAAGAAUGCUGUAAUCAAGAUGAAGUCCAUCGUUGACUAUGUCAAGGAGAAGUCAAGAGAGUAUGAGAGUCAGAACAAGGUCAGAAGUAUACAAAGCCAGAUGCUUGGCAAGUUCAAUAACCUGAAUGAGCCACAUCGUAGAUAUGUUAGAGAAGGACUGUUGACGGAGAUACAGAAUAAGGGCAAUGGUAAUGGCAAUCAGUUACAUUGUUUCUUGUUCAAUGAUCUGUUGAUAUUGUCAUCACCAGUGGUCAAGAAACAACAGACCAACUAUAUGUUCAAGAAGGAGAUUAGACUUUGUGAAGCGGAUGUAGUCACUCUGGUAGGUGACUCUGAGGACAGGCCAGUAUUCCAGAUCAGCUUUAUGUCCUAUGUUCAGGCGGACAGUGGUUCGGGUGGCCUGACAACGGCAUCCGUGCUGAAUAGUUUGAUCAAUGGCUCAUCGGUGAGCGAGAGCGAGCAACGCGAGACACUGGCCUUCUGCGCAGACAGUGUGCGUGAUCGCGAGGAAUGGGUACAGACUCUCAACACAUACAUUGCCAUCGAGAAGAAGAAACUGUCGAGCAAGCGUGCCGAGGAGCUGAUCGAGAGCAAGGGCGAGAUCGACUUUAAGAACAGCGACAUUCAACUGUGCGAGCAGAUUGGCAGCGGCGGCAGUGGAUGCACUGUGCAUCGCUGUACGGUCGACGGAUUCACAUGCGCCGUCAAGAUCCUGCGAGUGAAGAACACGCAGCCAUUCCUUGUGGAGCAGUUUGUGUCAGAGAUCAAGAUCAUGGAGCAACUGAAUCAUCAGAACAUCGCAAAGUAUCUGGCGCACAGACUGACCAACAACCCCGAGCGACUGUGGUUGUUCAUGGAGUUCUACCCCUUCUCGCUCAAGGACAUCAUCACAAAGAAGACAACGCCCUUCCCAGCGACCGAGAUCGUCUGGAUGGCACUCGAGAUUGCAAAGGGCAUUGAGUAUCUUCACAAUCAGAAGCCACCCAUUGUGCACCGAGAUCUGAAGCCUGGCAACGUCAUGUGUCUGCUGGACGAGCGCAAUCGUGUGUCCAACAUUAGAGUGUGCGACUUUGACACGUCCAAGGUCAUGACGUCAGGCGUCGUGCUCAAGACAUGCAUUGGCACGCCAAGCUACAUGGCACCCGAAGUACUGGACGUGUCACUAGACGCCAACGCCGAGGGUUACUCACUCAAGGCUGACAUCUGGUCAUUCGCCAUGCUAGUGUUUGAGAUCAUGACACUGCAGCCACCAUACCAUCAGUUUGCCCAUCUUCAAACCAUCGAGAUGAUAUUGAAGGGCACGCCACCACCCCUUACAACACCUGUCAGUGCCGGUCUCCAAGGUCUGGUCGACCUGUUACACCAAUGUCUGGAGCUCAAUGCCAACAAACGUCCAUCUGCGUCCAGUGUCGUGUCUAAGUUGGUCAAGCUUAUGAAGCAAUCUGGCAAGUUACAAGAGUAA